GUCGUUUUGGAGUUUUGGAGAUUUUCAGGGAAACAGACGGAGAGGAGCUCGUCUGCAGCCUGACCAGGAAAUUCCCAGAAGGGGGAAGAUCAGCCUCCUCCCCCUGCCGGUCCUGCUGCUGCUGACGACCUUCACCCUCGCCGUCCUCAUCACCAUCUCGUCAUCUCGUCAGGACACUGAGUCAUGGCUGGAGCGCUGAGGAUGAGUGAGACUCAGCUCAUCAAUAUAUACGACAGCGAGCUGCAGCUGAAUUUGAUGCCGUAUGAUUACAUCCCUCCUGUGGACAUCAAGACGGAGCCCUACAUACCCGAGACAGCUCACGGGCCGUACGUUCAGAUCAUCGAGGAGCCCAAACAGAGGGGCUUUCGUUUCCGUUAUGAGUGUGAGGGUCCGUCGCACGGCGGGCUCCCAGGGGCCUCCAGUGAGAAGAAUCGGAGAACCUACCCAACGGUGAAGAUUAACAACUACGUGGGCCACGCCCGGGUGGAGGUCCAGCUGGUGACCCACACCGACCCCCCGAGGGUCCACGCACACAGCCUGGUGGGACGCAACUGCACCGACAACGGGACCUGCACCCUGGACAUCGGUCCCAACGACCUCACUGCCUCAUUCAGUAAUUUGGGGAUUCUUCACGUCACUAAGAAAGGAGUCGUAGAGGUUUUAACUCGAAGGCUGAGAGCUGAGUGGAAGAGACAGAAAGGAGCACACCUGAACCUCACAGAUGCAGAGGACAGCUCCAUCCAGAAGGAGGCCAAGGAGCUGGGGAAGGUGAUGGACCUGAACAUAGUCAGGCUCAAGUUCACCGCCUACCUGCAGGACAGCAAUGGAGCCUUCACCAGAGCGCUGAAACCCGUCGUGUCCAACCCCAUCUACGACAGCAAGUCCCCGAACGCCUCCAACCUGAAGAUCUCUCGGAUCGAUAAGACGUUCGGCUCGGUGCUCGGAGGAGACGAGAUCUUCCUGCUUUGUGACAAAGUUCAGAAAGAUGACAUUGAGAUCCGUUUCUACGAAGAGGACGACGAAGCAUGCUGGGAGGCGUUCGGGGACUUCUCGCCCACAGACGUCCACAAGCAGUACGCCAUCGUCUUCAAGACGCCGCCCUAUCACUGCACCGAGAUCGAGCGGCCCGUCACCGUCUUCCUGCAGCUGAGGAGGAAGAAGGCCGGAGACAGCAGCGACCCCAAACAGUUCACCUACAUUCCCCAGGUCCAAGACAAAGAGGAGGUGCUGAGGAAGAAGCAGAAGCCACUGCCUCACUAUGAGCCGAGGAGCGGAGGAUGGGGAGGAGCAGGAGCUGGGGGCUUAGGAGGAGGAGCUGGAGGAGGAGGAGGGUUUCAGUUCCAGCAAAUGAACGGGGGAGGAGGAGCCGGAGGAGGAACCGGAGUGUUUUUCAACACAGACUUCACAAACUUUGGCGGCGGGGGCGGGGCUGUGCUGUCAAGCUCCGCCUCUCAGCAGAACGACGGACCGCCGGGGGGACGGACUGGCUCGGCCAUGCAGCAGCAGCUAGUUCGGAUCGCCUCCACCCUCAGCAGCAGAGCCUCGCAGACCGCCCGGCACACCGCCGCCGCCCUGCUGCAGUACUGCAGCACCGGGGACGCCCGCGUCCUCCUGGCUGUCCAGAGACACCUGUGCAGCAUCCAGGAUGCCAAUGGAGACACACCACUGCACCUCGCCAUCAUCCACCAGCAGACCGCCGUCAUCCAGCAGCUCAUCCACACACUGCUCAGCAGCCGGCAGCACGGCGUGCUCAACACCAGGAACCAGCUGCAGCAGACUCCUCUUCACCUGGCGGUGAUCACGCGACAGAUGAAGGUGGUGGAGAUUCUGAUGCGGGCGGGGGCCGACCCCACCGUCCCAGACAAAGAUGGCCGCAGCGUCCUCCACCUGGCGGCGGCGGCCGGCGACCACACGAUGCUCCGCCUCCUGCUGGCUCACCUGGGCGAACGCCACGCCCACCUGGUCAACACGUCCGACUUCCACGGCCUCCAUCCUCUGCACCUCGCCGUGAGGAGGGACGGCGAGCGCUGCCUCCGCCUGCUGGUGGAGGGCGGGGCCAAAGUAAACGCACCUGAACAGAAGAGUGGAAACACCGCCCUCCACUUGGCCGUCAGAGAAAACCUCUUCAAGGUGGCCUGCACGCUGAUCACAGAGCUGAAAGCUGAAGUGAACGCCUGCACCUUCAGUGGAAACACCCCCCUGCACCUGGCAGCCAGUCUGGGAUCCCCCACCCUCUGCUCCAUGCUUAUUGCUGCAGGUGCAGACAAAAACAUGGAGAACGACGAGCCGCUCUUCUUCAGCUCCUCCUCAGAUGAGGAGCAGGACGAGAGAGACGCCACCCCCCCACCGGUCUCCUCUCGGAAGAGACCCGCCAGAGGCCACACCCCCCUCGAGCUCGCCAAGUGUCAGAAGGUGAGGAAUCUGCUGACCUGCAGUCCAAAGUCGAGUCACAGCAGCAAAAAGAUCAAAGCCAGCGACGACCAGGAAGGCAGCGGCUCAGUUCUGGAUGAAGACACCCUCUCUCGGCUGCUGGAGCUUCUCAGUGUGGAGAAAGUCUCCUGGAAGAAACUGGCGGACAAACUGGGGAUGAUGACUCUGACACACCUGUACGAGGAGAGCCCCGCCCCCUGUGAGCACCUGCUGCACCACUACCAGCUGGGUCGAGGUCCUAUUGAAGGUUUGGUCGAAGCUCUUCAGUCUCUCGGUCUAACAGAAGGAGUCCGAUUACUGCGGAACACACAGCUGAGUGACGACAAACACAACACAGAGGUCACGGUGGACAGCGGCUUUGGCAGCCAACCAAUGGAAGAGGAGGAGGAGCGGCCGGUAGCCAAUCAGUGAGGAGCGUUCAGUCAGGGGGCCUGAAGGGGGUGUCGGUGUAUAAGCAAGCAGAAGCAUGGUGGACAUCUGGCAGGACUGGAGAUACCUGAAAGAAGAGUUUUAGUAAUAAACCAAGUGAGACGCUACUUCUGUUCCUCAUUUCGUUUUGUUUUCGGUCCCUUUUCAAUUAAUUUAUAUUUUACUUUGUUUUGAAUGAUUUUUGUUUCUUUAAAAGACUUUGAGUUUCUUGAGUAUCUGCAGUUUGAAAUGCAUUGAGUAUGGACAAUGGAUCAAAGCGGAGUCAACUUUUCACUCAACAGUUUAUUCCUCUGUAAAAACAGCACGAGUCCUCUGAGGUCACGUGACCACACCAAUAAAGAUUGUACAUGUGAUGAAAACAAUAAAAAAAACAAUCAAGCGAA